AAGUCAAUUGGACCAUGGAAGAGACGCUAAUAUCUGCAUGUGCAAAGAAAAAAUAGUGAUGUGAAGAGUGAACAUUUUACAGAAAAGACUAUUUUCAGUUGAAAUGACACAAGCUCCAUCGAUCUUUGAGGUGACGAAAGUAUAGUGCACUCCACGUUACAGAAAUAAAGCUGUUUGGUGAAACAUUGAACGGCGGAGACACCAAAGUUUGAACUCACAAAGACUGCCAAGCCCUAUGCUGGAUGAGAUCCGAGUGUGUUAAAUACAUGAUCAUGGGAUUUCUUCAAUUAAUUGUACAUCGUAAUUAGACAGAAGUUGCCACAAGAACAUCGUUGAGUAUCCAUUCCUGCUCUUUGCAGUCUGUAGUGAGGCCUAGUGCCUCGACUGGCGAGGUGAGUGGCGGAGUGAGUGUUGCUCGUGCUGGCGGUGUCACUAAUGAGGCCGCAGGUGGGAGCGUCGGCGGAGGUAAUCGCGACCUGGAAAAAGUGAGACAACGCGCUCCGUGCUCCUCCCUUAUAUCGCCGACGGCGACCACGUUGGAAGUGUGGUGGUUGAUUUGAGGCCACAGCUGUUCCAAGUGUGUGGCCAGGUGUGAGAGGUGGCACAGGUGUCGUGGUGAACAAGCUAGUCGUCAUGAGUGGGCUGGGGCCCCGUCAUGGCAGCCCCACAACAACAUCCACUGACUAACACCUCGUGCUCAUUCUCCUCUCCUGCCGUUUCUCCCGCUGCUGGAAGCUAUGGUAGUGGAAAAACACCAUUCUGUGGCGACUUGCAUGGUCAGGUGAGUGUCGCCAGCGAUUGCAACGUCCAAAGUCUCGUGUGCUCCAGUGCAACAGUCUCUCCACAACCUAUCCUCACCAAUUCCGCGUCGCGCAAGACUAAACCUUGCUCUCUGUGCGGCACAGCUGCUCUGCGCUCCCAGUCAUCUCUGAUCCCUAAUUCACCAGUCAGUCCCCAGGAACAGCCAGUGGUACUCCUUCAUCGGUUAGAGGACGGACUACCAGAGGGUGAUGUUGACAGUCUCCGUGCCUUUGGGACUAUUCGACUCUUGCCUGUUCAUUGUGGUAAGGUCGAAGGCGUUACAGAUGACAGUAAACAUAAAUGUGACAGAAAAUUUCAAAGUGUUACGAGCCAUGCAAUGGCUCCAGGAAAUUUGGCAUACAGAUCAUUUAAAAGAGGGAAUACUAAAAAACGAUUAGAAUUACCGAGCGUGAGUCAAGGUUACGGUGACCGCAACAAAUCACUAACCAACGAUAUUCUACGUAAGUUCAAAGCUAGUGACAGUCAACACAAUCUCAGUGAAAAGAAAAUCAAAAGCAAUACUAAUUCAGACAGUGGUGGAACCAGUCACCGUGUAAAGAACAGCAGUGAAGCUCAUGUGAAUGAAAACAGUGUAGGGAACAUUUUAAUCUCUGGGGAGGAGACACUCGGCGAACGUUUAAAGACACUUUCCUCCCAGCAAAACCAUCCUCAGUAUUCGACUGUUUCCACCGUUAGCUCAGUGUCUCAGUCCCUUCACCGUGUAUCCAGUCAUCAGCACCAGACGCUCUCACCUCAAGCAGAUACUUUAGAGCGUUCUUCAACAAGCAGGUCUCCUCUUUCAUCCCUAAAUAAUCUAUUAUCACCUCAAACAAGCACAUCGUCUACUGUUAAUAGUCACUCGCACGACAGUACCUCUCUGGCUCACAGCACACAGGACUCCAUUCAUCAACGCUCUGUAACGCCUGACACACAAAUGUCUGUGGUGUGUUCUCCUGUGCUGCCCCUGACGACUGCAGCAAUCUCGUCCCCAUCGCAAAACAUUGAUUCACCAUCUACCAUCUCUCCGCCGGAAUCCCCUCCAUCGCCACCUUCCCCAUUCUCACCAGCCUUUAUGGGUUCCCCUUCGACGUGUGAUCAUGACAAUCUGCAUUCAUCUUGCUCAGCUGACGUACAGCCGUCUUCCUCUCCAUACUCCCCAUGCACUUUACCAUCUUUACCAGCUUCCCCAACAUCCUUGCCUUCGUCAUCCCCUCCUUCCCCAACGCAUUCCGUAGAUUCCCCUCCUGUAUCCCCUGCCACCUGUGAAAACAGUGACAGUCAAGUGCCCUUCCCAGAGACACUUGGGGGUGAUCCACUUGCAGAAAACACUGAUUCAGAGGUUCAGUUGGACACGCUUCUUAAAUCAAAAGUUGAUUUUGAACUCGGUGAGACCAGAGUUAGUGAGGUUGUGUCUCAGUAUCAUCUGAAUCGAACUUGCCAGAAAGAGGUUGCUCACGUACCGUCAGCCUCUGAGACGGAACCAGCACUCUCCGCCCAAAUAUACAUACCAGAAGACACCAGUACUGUUUCACAAAACAGCGAGACCGAAGCUCAUGCUGACCUGUAUCAAGAGGCCUCAACUGACUAUGAGUGUGGAGACCGGAAGAAUAGUCUGGAAGAAGUGGAACAUUUGAAGCCAGACGUUGUGAAAACUUCUUUAAACAGUGAAAGUAACAAUGAAAAUAAGAAUAAAGAAGCAGAGAAAAAUUGCAGUGACUCUAAGAAUUCGUUAAUGAAGUUGGUUUUGAAAGUGAAACAUCCUGCAAAUCAGCAACUUCCUGUGGGGCCUGAAAAAAAGGAGUACAAUAAAGAAAAUGGGAUUCCAAAGAUUGUUCUCACUUGGAAGGGAAAUGGACCCAAUAAAGAGUAUUCGUGCUCAAAUAGGUUAAGAAAUGAGAGUGAAAGUUGCUCUGGUGAAAGUGUGUAUAAUAAGAAGCACAAAUCAAAGAGGAAUAAAAGACAAAAGCCAAAAGACAGGGAAAAGAUGAAAAGGGUGAUAAAAGUUGGGAAACACAAAAGACACGUCGAACUCUUUGGUGAGGACAGUAACGACUCCUGUGAUAUAAUUCAUGAUAACAUUGAUACAAGCGAAGGUGGACAUUCAACAACUGCUUCCAUUGAUGAGCAAAGACUACGGCCAUUUUUCACACCUUGCGCUACAGAGGACGUUCCGUCAUUCCCUGAUGAAAGGAACUUGGCUCCAACACUCUCACUAGGGGAGUCGCCUUCACAUUGUGCCAAAUUUGAAGAGAGUGCAGAGACUGCUGAUACUUUUAAUCUUUCUGAACAGUCGUUGCCACAUUCAUUGCCAUCUGACGUCCCUGACGUCAACACAGACAUCAAGGACAUGACAAAGUCGUCAAUCGAGGACACUGAAGGAACAACAGAAAACCAGCCUGAAUGUACUGAAAAUUAUACUCAUGAAACCUUGAAUCUCACAGCCGAAGUACCAGAAACUCGUGGUGAUGAACCUUCUUGCAUGGAGUUACAACCAGAGGGGAAAGAGACCUCACAAGCAUCGCCAGGUACCAGGCACUCUGGUGAGAUCGACCAGCAGGAUAAGCAAUCUGAAGGUCUGACCUUGAGAAGCCGAAGAAGCAGACAUGUUAAAAAUACAGAGUCAGGCAGGAACUCUGACACUUGCCUGUGGGUGAGUUUUGGUGUGAAUGCCCCGAUGCCACUGCCAGCGACUGACCUGCCCAGUCUUGAACCUGUAUUCACAUCUAGAGAGAAAACGAAAUUGAGGGAAAGUGAGAUUAACGACAGUAAAGAGCAUAUAUCAUCCAAUCAACCAAAGGUCGAGGUUAAGAAACCUUUUUCAAAGGCAACACACAAGGAAAGAAAGGAAAAAGAGAAGACAGAGACACAACCCGAUACCACCAAGCAAUUCACAGAACAUGAUUAUGAAUCGAAAGCCAAAUUUCUCAUAAAACACAUUGACAGUAAAACAGUUGUCUCUCACAGUCACCGUAAAGUUCACUCCACUUCCAGUCAUGAUGACAACUAUGGUGCACAUGGCAAUGGACGCAGCUACGGUGUCUCGACACAUCAUCGCUCUCGACACUCGCAUAAAAGACAACGUAAAUCUGAUGAUGACCGAGAAGAGGCCGUCACAAAGGAAAUAAGUUCCCGCCAGCAAAACUCACUAGAUGGUCCUGAGAGAGAUGAUAAUGGAAGUCAAGUAAAUAGUAUUAAAAGUGAUAAAGAAAAAUCAGCGACUUCACAUUUCACUACUGAUUAUGGUCCAGAUGAUGUUCAAAUGAAGACUGAAGAGAUAUCUAGCGCCAAAGAAUUAUGUCCAUUGCUUAACCCUUCAUCAAGUGUUGAUGAUAGUAAAGAAGACCAUAAAAAGUCACCAAACAACAUCUCCUCACAUGAAGAAAAUGAAGUAAACGUUAAACCAGAAAAACUAGUGAACUUGAAGACCGAAGAAACUUCUGAUGACCAAUAUUACCGACCCAAGAAAAUGAGAAAAGCCUUCAAUAAUAGAAUUACUACAAAUCACCAUAACGAAAGCGCAUCCAUUGAUCAAAAGACAACCAAACAUCAGACCGACGAAAAGACAGUUACUGAUCAACCAGAAGACUGCAACGCUCAGGUUUCUCUAAAGUUUUCAUCUUCUGAAGUAGUCACUACUACUUACUCCUCAGGAAUGCAUACAGUAGAAUCAGAAUCGUCUAUGGUUGAGUGUCACACCGCAGAAGUUAAAACUGAUGUACCCUGGAGACCACACGAAGAAAUAACAAAACCGGAUGUGCUUUCCAGAAGUCCAAAUAACAGUGAAACUUCUAACGAACAGAGAAAACGCAAGCACCCGUCCCCUACGCCUCAGGGACAGGACCUCGUCACCAGAGUAGGCGUGGAAUCCGUAGAUGAGCAAUCCAAACAGGCUACCGAAGGAAGGAAAGAAGAAGCCUCAGACAAGUCAGUGAGCUUCAAAAAGGACACCUCUCCGAAUAGCGAGGAUAACGAAAAUAAAGAAGCUUCAAAGAAAGAAAAGGAAAAACGGAAAAAGCCACGCAAGGAGAAACGAAAAGACGGGUCACGUCCGGGGAGUCGGUGCGCCGUGCUCCAGGAGGCCCAGUUCCGACGGGAGGUGGAGCACGAGGGACGGGGGCGUCGCUUGGCACAAGAGAUCAAAGGCUUCAAUUGGCUCGAGCAAAAGAUCAAAAACAACUCUUUGCUCUCAUCCCGCGCUGUUCCCUCCACACCAACAACCAGUUCGUCAGGCAAGGAGCUCGAGUCUCCCUCCAAGAGUGUCUCAUCCACUCCCACCGCUCCCUCAUCUCAAUUCACUUUCAGCAGCAAAGACGAAGAACAAGCCAGGAAGAAUUCGUUCAGUGGAAGCAGUAGCAACAUUGGAUUUAAAAGACAUCUUCAGACAGCAGUACCUCCCCUGAUACCUUCAUCAAAAGUCACAGCCCUUCCUAAGCGACGGCCAUCCUUGGGCACCACCACACCACCAUGUUCAGCUCCACCAGCUCUCUGUAGUACUACAACUGUACCUAGCAUGACUGUUCCAGGUACUUUAUAUACCUGUGAACCAACUUUGUAUAGAUCUGGGCAUGGAAGAGUUCCACCACCUCUGGAAAAAAGUAGUACAAGUCUUGAACAUGCUGAAGGAGAUAAGGCAACUCUGUACAGUAGUACCUCUUCUACAAAAGCAACUCUGUAUGGAGUGAAGGAUAAUAGUUUUGAAGCAUUAUAUGAUACUGUCAAUGUCAAUGCUGUGAAAUAUUAUGGUAGUGUAGCUUCUGGUGAUAUUGAUCCUCAGUACAAUAUUACUACUACUCCACCCAUCUGCUUCUAUGGCUCAACAAAGUACCAGGAGCCUGACCUUCAUCCUGACAAAACUCCACCUACUGGUUCUCAUGCAAAGUCUUCAAUAAUUUCAACACCACAGGACUCAGGUGGCAUGACAGAUCACCAAGCAGACAAGAUAUGUUCACCCAAGCCUGAUACAUGUUCAGCUAGGAAUUCAGAUUGGUCUGCUCAGCAAGGGUCAAGUCCAAACAGCCAGCAUUCUGGAUGCUCAGCUGGUCCUCACAGUCCUCAACGAUUUUCUCACAAGCAAACACUCCUCAGACGGGCAUUCCAGGAGAUGAUGAAAAGUGAUUCCAACAAUUCAUCCACAGAGCAAACAAAGGAAAAAGAAAGUGUGAUACAAAGUAACCCUACAAAGACUGAAAUGAACAUGGCAGAUGAAUCAAAAAGUAAAGAAAUGGAAACACCAGGCUCCACCACUGCUCAGUCAUCAUCAGAAAGAACAUCAUCUGUAGAUAUUAAAAGUAUAAAAUCUCAGUGUCCUGAUAUUACUCCAUCUCUAUCACUAAGUAAGUGGCCAUCAGAACCAACUGAGAGUCACAUCUUUUCAUAUUCUCCAAAGUCAAUAGCAACACCAAUUAAUUCAGAGAAAGAUGUGAUUGAUCCAGUUUGUACUGAAAACAAAAUAUCAACUUCUUCAACAAACAUACAAGAAGGUGCAGAAAAUGUUGCCAGUAAGAUAGAUCUCAAUAAAAAAAUAGUGAUGACAGAAAAUAAUCCAAACAUUAAAGAAAAUGACAGUGAUAAGCAGACUUCAUUGGGAAAAAUCAAUAAUGAUAAGAAUAUGAAAAUUCCAGAAAAUUCUAAAGAUCUGCAAAGUGAUGUUAUUGACUGCAUAGGGAGUGAAUCUGGUGAUAUUGAUAUGAAAGUCUUAAAAGAAGAGAUUUGUUAUAAAGGUGAUGGCAAAAGUCAGGAGGAUGCUGAAGUACAGCCAAGGUUGCUUCUUUCUGUACUAUAUAAAGAACUAAUGAAAACACGACAGGAAGUAGAAAAAUUGCGAAAAGUACAAGAGUUGAUGCUGACAGAAAAAGAAGAAAAGAAGGAAGAUGGAGGUGAACAGAGCAGUGAGACCAAGAUAGAGUGUGAGAAAGCAGAUGAAAAUUCACAUAGUAAUGAAAGAAAUUCAGAAAAGAGAAAGGACCAUGAAAGCAGUGAUGUAGAAUUAAAAAUUGAUGAUGAUGAUGAAUGUCACUUCCAUGAGAGUAAAAGAUCAAAAAUUAGUAUACGCAGUGACCUUUUGCCAAGAGAAGACAAUGUUGAUCUUGAUACUACCUCCCAUAAUACUUCAGUUUCACAAAAAAUCAUCUCUCAUUCACACCAAAUCUCUUCAGCCACACUCAAAAACCUAACUCAGGUUCAGUCCAAUUUGGAAAUUUCUAUGACUUCUUUAAAGGGUUCAUCUGUACCUGAGACUAGUCAUGCAUCACAAGUAAAUCCUGCCAUGCCAGCUGUUAGUCCUGGCUUAUCAAGUAGUAUUGCAAUCUCACCUAAUACAACCACUCCCCUACUUAGAGGACACUCAAGUGCAAGUCCAGGAGUGUCAAGUCCAGGAAUACCAAGGUCUAGCCCAGGGAUACCAAGACCUAGUCCUCCUAUUACAAGAACAAGUCCUGGAAUAACAAAAUCUAAUAGUGGAAGCAUCAUUGUCAGUCCAGGAGGUUCGAUUAGUCCUGCAAUGCCAAGUAGCAGUCCUGGAAUAGCAAGGAAUAGUCCAGGAGUUCCACAAAAUAGUCCUGGAGUACUAAGAAUGAGUCCAGGACUUCCAAGGAUACAUUGUGGGAUACCAAGGAUUAGUCCUGGGGGACCUUUGGUUAGUCCUGUGGCACUAGUAGUCAGUCCUGCAACGUCAGUAAUUAGUCCUGGAGCACCAAUGGCCAGUCCUGGGGCACCAAUGGCCAGUCCUGGGGUACCAAUGGCCAGUCCUGGAGCACCUAUGGCCAGUCCUGGAGCACCAAUGACCAGUCCUGGGAGACCAAUGGCCAGUCCUGGGAGACCAAUGGCCAGUCCUGGGAGACCAAUAGCCAGUCCUGGGGUAUCAGUGGUCAGUCCUGGUUCGUCAAGAAAUGGCCUAGGAUUAAUAAGAAAUGACUCAGAAGUAACUAUUGUCAAUCCUGGAAUACUUCAUAUGAGCCCUAGUUCAAGUCAAGGGAAUGUGUUCAGUACACCAACAAACCCAUCAUCAGCAGAAGACCUUCAUAUGUCUUAUAGUGAUCCAGCUGUUACCACUGCUCAGCCAAAGGUGACAACUAUACAAACUGUUACUAGCCCUGUAGUACCAGUUCCCAGAUUUCCUCAGAUUCCUAUCACAAGUACAGCAGUUCCUGUUAUUAGUCCAACUGGAGGGAAAAGAAAUCCAAUCACUUCAAAAAUCGAUCAAGCAGCAACUACAUCAUUGAAAAAGACAACUACUCCCCUAACAAACAUGAGUCCAACCAAGUUACGCUCUGUAUUCGGAAUAUCCAAUUCUGAGGUAGAGCUCAUGCCUGUAUCAGUUGAACCAAAGCAGACUCUUCAUGAACCUCAGCCUCGGACAUUCUUAAACCUGAUUGAAGACCAGCAUCAUCAAACAACAGAAAUGCCUCUUCUCCUCAGUGCUGUACAGGGAGUUCACCAAGAGAGUGGCUCCAAAAAUGUUGAGUCGUCAUCUAGUCAUGGAGCAGUGCCUUUCCACAGUCUUGCAGGUCAUGAGGAUCUUAAGAGGAUAAGUAAAGCCCACCAGUAUCCAGGGGAAAUUAAACGACAUGCUCUUUCCACUUCUGAUCUCCCAGACCAUGCAUCAUCUGCCUGCAAGCAACCUCCUCCACUCAAGCCAGCAACCACCUUACUCAGAAGACAUUCAGAUAAUAUGGACAUUCAUUCAGCGAUGCACCAUCAUGCUAUGUAUGGUGGCACACGCAAAAACUCCACAAGUUCUCUUCAUUCUUCUGCUGCAGUAGCAGAACAUAAAAAUGCAAAUGCAGCACAUCCAUUUAAUCAUCCUCAGUACAGCCCUACACAAUAUCCCUUACCAAAUCCAAGAGGAAGAAGAAAUACUGAUACAAACUCUACAGAAAGGAAUCGAGGAUAUCAGCAGGCUGUGUCCAUGGGAAUGCAACACCAGUUUCCACAUUUACCCUCUGGAUCAUCAGUAAUGAGAAGCCUUGGACCAGACAAAGCUACUAUUUUUCCUAUAACACCAACUAUGCCUGCAGCAAUUCGUCCCUUCAGGCCCUCAGCUCUACCUCCUGCCACUCGAGCUCAGCUAGAACAGUUGCAGAAUGAAAACUUUUAUCGAACAAAUUUCUCAUUUUUUGAGAAAAUCAGAGAAAAAUUUGCUCAACCUUGUGACAAUGGCAUCAGUGCCAUGGAUAGAUUACAGGCAUCUACAGCAAAUGUAGAAAAGCCCAUGCAACCACAAACCUUUGCACCUCGAGUUCUAGUUCGAGAAUCUAUUCCAGAAGCUCAUACACCAACAACCUCAUACACAACAAUGCAUUUUCCAAAUCAAAACCAACCAGCACAUAAUGUUAUGCCCAGCCACCAGAAUCACUUCUCAACUAACAUGCAUUCUGGUCCAAGUCUUCAGCACUUAGCUCAAGCUAGACUUCACAAUCAAGCAACUUCCAGCAUGCAACGUGUUAACAGUUCAAGUUUGAGAAGUGGAGAGAAGUUGUGUUUCCACUGUUCUCAACAAGCUCGAUUCAUAUGCUCUGGAUGCAAGAAAGCUUGGUACUGCUCAGAACAAUGUCAGCGUGAACAUUGGAGCGUCCAUAGUUCUGCUUGUGUUUUAUGAUUUGAAGUACGUGUGUGAUGUGCAGACUCAUGUACAUGUGUUAAUUUAUGUAUUUCAUGCAUAAGUUUUGAGUAAAAUUUCAUUUUAUUUAAAACAAUGUGCAGAUAACUUUUUUAAAUGAAUGUUAUAUAUGAAUUAAAGCUUCUGUGAUAUGUAUGCACCAAGAACUAACACAGUUGUUCACAUGAAUGCACAACAGGUGAUUUGAAUGAAGUCUAUAGAUAUCCAGUACAGGUUAUAUAGGUACUGUGUAUCAUGAUUUAUGACAUAACCCAAAAUCUUCAUGGCUUCAUUAGAAGGUUGUGUAUUGUAGCAAGUAUAUUAUCAUUUUGAAAAUAUUCUUACAUCAACAGUUUUUCUUAUUUGUCCUCUCUUUUUUUUUUUUUUCUUUUUCUUUUUUACAUUGACAAUUUAUUGCUCAUUUCAACAACAUUAAACAAUGGUCACAAAAUUGGUAUCAUUUCAGUAUAUCUUGUAUUCUUUUUUUCCUGUUAAUCAUGACAAAAUUUAUUCUAUGUAUUGGUGUUAAAUUCUGAAAUGAUCAAGACAAAAGACAUGCAAAUUCAUUAUGAAUUCAUUGUUCAUUAACCUACAGUAUGAAUAAAAGAUGAGAAAUGAGUAUGGUAAGUAUUUGAAUUUUGUAAAGUUAUGGAGUUAUUAUCUUGUAAUAAUCAUGUUUAAAAGUAGACUUCAUAUAACACCUAAGUAGUACAUACAUUCUACAGCAGUGUACAGGUUUUCCUUGCAUCAUUACAAAGCAAUAAUACACUUGGUUCAGUACAUGUUGCCCUUGUGCAUUCUAAAUGUAGUCAUGUCUUUAGUUGUGAAAUGUUAUUUAUAACAUUAAUUUUUAAUGAUCAAUGAAAGUUUCAUACCUAUAACUCAAAAUCCCAAGUCUUGUUUCAUUGAUACAGAAAUUUCAUAAAUGUACUAUUUUUUGUAAUCCAUUUUUCUAUUGAAAUUAGACUUUAAGAUAGAGUUUUAUAUAUGUAAUGUAAGAUGUUAAUAUUUAAGCAUUAUUUGUUAUUAUAUCUGAUAUUGGGACAGAAAACUCUUUGCUUUCCUUAGCUAUGUAAUAUUUGAGCAGUUUGAAAAUUCAGUGCCAUAUCCUCCAUUAUUUUUAUAUUCAUGUUAUUUAUUUUCUCAGUCAAAAAGAGCUGUAACCUGGAGGUGCACACACACUGAGCUAAACAUAUCUUAGUAUAUAAGGUGUGAUAUUUUUAUAACUUUCUUACUGUUGACUGUACAUAUUGACUUAUCAUUGUAGUACAAGAAUUUUAGACCUUUGUGUACCUAUAAGUACAGUAAAAAAGUGUACGCAAGUUUUCUGUAAAGAAGUUAGAUAUGGAGAAGACAAUAAAUGUUGAGUGUUUGUUUAUCUCUACUCAUGAGUGAAAUGAAUGAAAGCCAUGCAAACUAUCAUGUAGAAAUAAAGAAAUACCAAUUGCA